CCUGCUGUUGUAAUAUAUUUUUAUUAUUUCACAAACCGUAAUAUUUAAAAGAAAACAUCGUCGACAAAUCAACAAUGUGUGUACUUUAAGUUGCAGGAUUAAUCAAAAUGAACGAAGCCAAUGAUAACUCGAACAACAACUACAAGAAGAAACCUCUAACGACGAAGGAGGAAAACGCACUUCAACAGUUCAAGGAGCUUACGAAAGACGUAGCAGAUCAAAUAAAUUAUGAUUUGGAAAAGUUUCUUCGAGCUCGUUGUUUUGAUGUUAAGAAGGCGGAGCAAAUGUUACGAAAUAGUGUUGAAUUUAGAAAGACAAUGAAAGUCAAUACAUUAUUGAAAGAAUACAAAUCACCAGAGGUAAUGAGAAAAUAUUUAACUGGGGGAUUUUGUGGUCAUGCUAAAGAUGGUUCACCUAUACGUGUAGAAUUGUUUGGCAAUCUUGAUCUUAAAGGGCUGAUGCGAUCUACAAAGAAAUCUGACUUUGUAAAGAAUAAGCUACACGAAUGUGAGUGGACUGUGAGUGACUGGGUAGAACAAAGCAAAAAGUUGGGUAGACCAGUAGAUGGGAUGACAGUUAUUUGUGAUAUGGCAGACAUAGGAACAUCAGCAUUGUGGAUUCCAGGUAUAAAGCUACACCUACAUUUAGUAAAGGUGCUGGAAGACAAUUAUCCUGAAAUGUUAAAGAGACUGUUGGUUAUAAAUGCUCCCUUAAUAUUUCCGUUACUACAUAAAAUUGCAAGGCCAUUGCUUAGUGAAGAUACUCGACAAAAAUUAUAUGUUAAAGGAGAUAAUUACAAAGAUUUGCUGUUAAGUUUUAUUGAUGUCGAAAACUUACCAGCUUGUUAUGGUGGUACUUUAACUGAUCCGGAUGGAAAUCCUAAUUGUACAACAAUGAUUUGCCAAGGUGGACCAGUUCCAGAAGAGUAUUACUUAGAUAAUACAGAUUUAAAGGAUCAGAUGGAAUCUGUUACAGUACCGAGAGCUGGGAAAAUAUACAUAGGAGCUAAAGUAGAUAGAUCAUUUAGUGUACUUAGUUGGGAAUUUCAAACUGAAAAUCACGACAUAGAAUUCGGACUGUUUUAUGAGGAAAAUGAAAAGUACAUUCCCAUUAUUCCUGUGGCAAGAGCUGAUAGUCAUAUUGUAACUCAUGAUGGCACGUACACCUGUGAAAAAGUUGGAAAAUAUUUCUUGUGUUUCGAUAAUGAAUAUAGUUGGACUAGAUCAAAGCAACUUCGAUAUACAUGUGAAGUUUAUGAGCCUGAUCAGACUAUGUUUUCAGAAGACGUCACCAAGCUGAUGAAGGAUGGUGACGUCAAAACAUUAACAGAGAAAUUCAAAUCACUUAAUUGAAUAUGUUUCUGAUUGUACACUUAUUUAAUUUUUAGGGGCCAAGUGACGCUCGCUUACGGUAGCGGGAUUUUACCUCUGUGUUGAAAACCCACUGGUAGAUUUCAGCUGUUUUCGUCUUUUUAGUCGCGUUUCUGUCUCAUGUUAAAUAUGUCUCAGAUUUACUUCUGAACAUGCAAAUGUUCAAUUUUUCAUUUUCAUCAUGAAUGAUUUGAAAGGCAUACAAUAUAAAAAAAAAAGAAGAUGUAAUAUGAUUGCCAAUGAGACAACUAUCCACAAACUCUAGAUUUUAAAAAGGCAUUGUUCCGGCUAUAUGUGUUAUCCUAUUGUUUGACCUUUGUCGUCCUUCUUACGUAUCAGUUCAGCAGGAAACCAAAACAAAAGAAAUAAAACUGUCAUAUCCAUUUAUGCUCGGACUUUACACACACUAACAACGUUAGAAACACACGAAAUUACUGCCAUUCUUAUUAUUUAUGUUUUGUAAACCGUUGUUUGCUUCUUUGGUCGUUUUCAUUUUCUGCCAUAAGAUUGUAUCAAGCUUUUACUAAUGAGCUUACUAAUUCUUUGGUAUCUUCAUAUCUUUUACCUAAAGUUGACAAUUUUUACAGAAAGGUAUUAUUCAAGUCUCAUAAGUUCGUUAUAUGAGACAACAUAGUAUAACCACUUUGGAAGCGUACACCACGUUGUUAGAUAGACAUGUGGCUAUAAUAAUUUAGGUGGUGUGUCAAUUGAUCGAUAUCAAACUAUGUCAAACCCA